GGAACGCGUCGUGACAAUCGCAAUGUGGAUGUACGAGGGUGUGUUUGUUUUAUUUCUGUUUAAUCUGGAAGUUAAAGCUGCAAGUUACUACGAAAGUUACAGCUCUACAUGGGAGGAUGUUACAUGCAACUUAGGCGAACCGCAACUUUAAUAUCAUAACGGAGUUUACGUGGUGAACGAGACAUUGUCAUUAAGCGAUGACGUUUGGAUUGGAUAUAUUUAUGCGAAGGUUCCGUUUUUAUUAUUGGGUUGUGCAAGUUUGCAGAGUAAGAACGAAGUAUUCGUAAAACAGAUCGGUGAUUGUUUUACAAUCUGUAGAGGUGGAACAUUUGGAAUUAAAAGGAAGAGUCAUCAGUCAGGUUUGCUGUGCAACUGCAUCAUGGGAUCUUUGGAGACAAAUGAAACGUGGUGUAAAGGUGGCGACCCCAAUAGCCUUUGCAAUAACUGUUCUGAGAUUUACAUCCAAAUGAACGUUAAUACAUCACUUGUCGGUGACUCUGGCCAUAAACCCGACGAGGAUUGUCUGACGUAUUUUUACCCACAUUUUAAGUGGCAUCUGUGUUCAAGAACAGAUGCAAUACGUUCAAUGUGUAGCAAUUCAACAUAUAAAGACCAUAUAGCAAGUGCAAAAACAACUAACUAUUCAACUUCUGCAUGGUCGGCUGGGAAUAAAGUAUGCUUGGCCAUUGGACAACUUCCAUCAUUUGAACGCAGUAUAACAAAUGCCGGCUUUGGAAAGGCCCAAGCUCAUUUUUACUGGACUGGAAUUUUUAGAGCAAAUAUACUAAUAAAACUUUCUUUAAAAGACGUGUUUUCCCCAUUAACAAAUGACAUUUGUGUGUAUGUAAAAAGAAGAAGCAACAUAGUUUACUUCGCGAACAAUGGUGACACGAAAAGAGCUCUUUGCGUCACAGGAACUGGAAGCACGUCUAGACACCAGGAAACAUCCAAGUAUACCACAGAAGUCCAACCUUCAAUUACAACAUCAACAUAUUCCAAGACUAUUCUGUUAAUAACCAAAGUAACUACACCUGAAGUUACAACAGCAGAUGACGAUCUAAGUAGAUUGACAACGACACACAUGCAAUCGACAUUAGCAACAGAAUAUGCAUUUCCAACCAGUAGUGACGGAAUACCGGAAGAACACAGAGGUGCCUAUUCGGAAAAGUCACUAACCCUAGCGCUAGGUAUCGGUGUGUCAGUCUGUAUCCUGUGUCUCGUUGGAGGAGCAGUAGUAUUUGUCGUACUUAAAAGAAGGAGAGUGCUAUUGUGUUGCGUGAUUAAAGCGGCAGAAGGUCAAUCCAGACGAAGGUUUGAAGAAAAAAAAGAAACGAACUAUGAAGGCAUGAUUGACAGAAAUGAAAACAAUGACAGUUAUUGUGCACUGGGCGACAAUGUUGUUCCGGACGAAGAAACUGUUAGCUAUAUUAGUCCACAAAGCGAUUUGAAUGGCACAGAAGAUAAAUACCGUUCAGAAUAUUACACUAUGGAUUCAUAUGAGUAUGUAAAGAAGGGUCGACCUGAGAGCGAUCUAAUGAAUAAGUAAACUGUUAUUCUGAAACAGAUCUGUUAACAUUUUCUAAUCAAAGUAAUGUUAGAGGGUUGGAAUACAUUCUCCAUGAAUUAAAUUAUACACUUUACGUUUCAAAGAUCUCUACCCUUUUCAGAAAAUUACCAUAAAUGUGUUUAGAUAAAAUGUACCUGUAUAGUUAUUUUGAUCGUUAAGUUCUUCAAAAUAUUUUUUUACAAACGAUAAAGUUUUCAUGUUUCCUCGAGUGUCGUUUUUUUACAGAAACACCACAAUAAUCAUCAGCUAUGUAAAUGUGCUAGCGAUAUGAAUAUUAUAUGAAC